CUCACUCAAGAACACUCCACUCUGAACACUGACGCUCUGCACACGCCUGCGAGAGAACUGAACACAAACUUUGAGGGGCACAUAUAGAUAGAUAAAAGCCAUGGAGGAGAGAAGAGAUGGAGGCAUUGCUAAUGGGGAAGCUAUGGAGGAGACAGAGGGCCUGGAAGGGAGCGCUGAAAAAAGACCCGAGGCCAGGGAGAAAUGGACAAACAAGACUGAAUUCCUGCUGUCCAUGGCUGGAGAGAUCAUCGGCCUGGGGAACGUGUGGCGCUUCCCUUACCUGUGCUACAAAAACGGAGGGGGUGUUUUCUUCAUCCCUUAUUUCAUCUUCCUCUUCUUUUGUGGAAUCCCAGUAUUCUUCCUUGAGACGGCAUUAGGUCAAUACACCAGUGAAGGGGGAAUCACUGCUUGGAGAAAAAUCUGCCCCUUGUUUGAAGGUGUAGGUGUUGCCUCCCAAGUUAUAGUGAUUUAUCUGAAUAUAUAUUACAUUGUGGUCCUGGCCUGGGCUCUGUUUUAUCUAUUCAACUCUUUUUGGAGUACUCUACCUUGGACUUCCUGUGACAAUUAUUGGAACACAGCGGACUGCCACAAUAUAAAUGCUACCUACACAGGUUUACACAGACCUGACGCUGACUGGUCUUUCCUCUACAAUGAAACGGAUAAAUAUGGCAGCAACUACAGCACGAGUUUUCAAAAUGCAUCUGAAUGGGCGCCUUUUAAAUUGGUCUCCCCAGAACAAGAGUACUGGUUCCAUCGUAUGUUGCGGGUGGCGAACAGUAAUGCUCUGGGGAGUGUAAAUGGCGAUCUUGCCAUGUGUCUUCUUUUGGCUUGGGUCAUCUGUUAUUUCUGCAUCUUUAAAGGAGUCAAGACCACAGGCAAGGUUGUGUACUUCACAGCUACAUUCCCCUACUUAAUGCUGUUCAUCCUUUUCAUCAGAGGAGUGACUCUGCCAGGAGCUGGAACUGGAAUUGCUUAUUAUCUAUAUCCUGAUAUCAGUAAGCUCUCUAAUCCUGAUGUAUGGCGUGAUGCAGGCACUCAGGUGUUUUUCUCCUACGCUGUGUGUCAAGGCGUCCUAACGGCGCUGGGCAGUUAUAACAAAUACAACAAUGACUGCUACAAGGACUGUAUAGCACUCUGUUUUCUGAACAGCUCCACCAGCAUCUUUGCUGGAUUUGUCGUCUUUUCUAUUCUGGGGUUCAUGGCACAUCAGUUAGGUUUACCCAUGGAAGAAAUAGCAUCAUCAGGUCCUGGACUAGCUUUCAUAGCAUAUCCCAGAGCCCUCUCUCUGUUACCUGGACCCCAGUUCUGGUCUGUUCUUUUCUUUUUUAUGGUACUUCUUCUGGGCCUUGACAGCCAGUUUGUGUGUGUGGAGAGUUUAGCCACAGCUCUCACAGACCUGUUUCCUGGAGUUCUAAGGAAGCGGCGAGAGCUUUUGGUUUUAGCAAUCGCCGUCAUCUGCUUCUUACUGGGUCUGCCGUUCAUCACAAAGGGAGGAUUCCAUCUGUUUACUGUGAUGGACACCUACGGCCCGAGUGGAACUAACCUGCUCUUUAUCGCCUGCUUUGAGACGAUUGUGGUCGCAUGGGUUUACGGUGCAAACCGUUUCUAUGACAACAUUGAGGAUAUGAUAGGCUACGCGCCAUUCCCUGUGCUGAAGUACUGCUGGCUCUUCAUUACCCCUCUCAUCUGUGCUGCAACUCUGCUGUAUAACCUGCUGGGUACCAAGUCAGUAUCUUUAUCUGAUCAGUUUGUGCCGGACUGGAGUUACAUGUUGGCACCUUUGCUCACAGUGAUUCCUAUGGUUUGCAUCCCAGUCUUCUCGUUCGUCUCUUUAGGAACGGGUCGUGGCAUCAUCACUCCCUCUGGUGACCUGAAGCAGCUGCGACCGGACAGUCCACGCCUCACACUGUUUAAUCACGUAAUCAUUAAACCCCAGAGAUCUCCACACAUUCAGGAAGAUGGAGAAGAGAAAGCAAAUAAAGAACACACCAGUGGAGUUUGAUAAGGCAGAGUUAUGAUUUUAUUUCAGGUUAUAUAUUAUAUAUAGGACUUUAUAUUAAAUCAUAUCUUUGACUUUAUAUGAAAUCAAUCUAAAUAUAAUGUAUACAGUAUAUAUAUAUAUCUCAACAACGCAUUUAAUUACAGUGCAUGAGACUGCUCAUAUGAAAUACAUAUCACUCAGGAUGUCAAAUGAACAAAACUAGGUUCAUAUGGAAAUUUGCAUAAUUAAAGAGACAUUUGACCCAACAUUUUUAAUUUUAAUUUGCUGUUAAUUUACUCACCAUCAGGCCAUCCAAGAAGUAGGUUCUACUUUUUUUUUUCAGUAGAACAGUAAAGAAGAUUUAAAUAUGAAACUGUGGUCUUCGUGAUACAUGAAAUGCUAAUUGUUGGCUACCCAUCUUUUUAGAAUAAAAAAUGCAUAUCAAGGAACACAAAAUUAAUAUCUGUGGCUCCUGACAAAAUGCAAAAAAAAAAUUUUUUUUUUUGGGGGGGGGGGUACUGAGUCUUCAUUCUUUUCUCAGGAGAAGUUAAACUGCUUGUAUGAGUUUAAACUGAGGGUAAGUGCAGCUGAGAGAGAAAAAAAAAAUACCAACUCAAUUUAUAUAUGAAUUGUAUAUGACAACUCUAUGAAAACUCAUAGAGUUCCUUUUAGUGAAGAUAUGAUAAUCUGUCUAAUUUACGUUUGUCAUCUCUUGACAAUUUUUUUUUUUUUUUUUGUAAUUUCUCAAAAAUGGGUCAUUGUAUUGGUCACUGAAGCACUCUUCAGAACCAAAGAACCACUCUUUAUAUUUUUAACUAGACUCCUCUAUAGCACUUUUCUAUCCCAUGUCUGUAAUACAAUGUAGUUUUUGAUACAUUUUAUCGCAUUAAACAUACUGUUCUUUC